UCCUCGAUUAGCUUUAAGUGCUGGUGAAAAUGUUCACAAAUUUAUCAUUUGUUCUCUGCCUUCUCUGGAUGUUUGCUGUCAUUUGUGCUCAAGAUUCGAGUGUCGAUGCCAACAACACCAGAUCAAAACGUUCCAGUGUUGAGGAACUAUUUACCCUAAACUCCUGCAAGGGCUGUGCCAGUACCGUGCCCAGACCAGUGGUCACUCUGUCAAGUGGACUGGAAGUAGUCUGUGACACAGAGACAGACGGAGGAGGAUGGACGGUGAUACAGAGAAGAUUCAACGGACAAACAGAUUUCUAUCGCGGCUGGUGGGAAUACAAGUAUGGGUUUGGAGAAUUGGAUGGCGGUGAAUUCUGGCUGGGAAAUGAAAACAUUCAUCGUUUGACCAUAAAGAAACGACACGAGCUGAGGGUUGAUUUAAAAUACAACAACACAGACUACUACGCCAAGUAUUCAAGGUUUCGACUGUUUGGCGAGCCGGAAGGUUAUGCUUUACAAGUCAGCGGGUUUUCAGGAAAUGCUGGAGAUUCUUUCGAAUACCAUAAGAACAGCAUGUUCAGCACUUUCGACAAAGACCGUGACAGCAGCUCAGAAAACUGCGCUUAUAGAUUCCAUGGUGCCUGGUGGUACAACGACUGCCAACGAUCCAAUCUAAACGGCGUUUGGGGAAGCAAGGAGUUCGGCAUGGGAGUCAACUGGCUACAGACAACAGGUCGCUAUGCUUCGGCAACUUUCACUGAGAUGAAAGUAAGACCGAUCUAA